CGACACCUAUCUGUGUUGUCUAACGAAAUAAUUAAGAUACACUAAAUGACAUUUGAGGAUCGAAUCCAAGAACAGAUUUAUGUAAAAUUUGCGUAGAUUAUCGAGAUAUUAAUGUUGCUGUUUUUAUAACUUAUACUUUUUAUUACCAAGUUUAUUACCUAUUUUUUUCGACUCGAUAUCACACGACAUACAUGUAUAUAUACAUGCCAUAGUAACACAACGAUGCAAUAUGAAAAUGUGAAAACGGUUGUCGUUUUCGUUUCUUUCACACCUGAUUCCACAAUGAUUAACAAUGAUUGUACAUGUCAGUGAAACGAUGUUUGUACUGACAAAUGAAGUGAGACUCGAUUCGUGCUAUUGAUUCGAAGAUUAAAAGAUAUUAUUCUGGCUUGUUGAAAAGCCAAACAGCUGAAAUGGAGUCGGCGGGACAAAAUCAGGUGCAGAAUGCUUUCAAUAAUACCGAUGGUACCGAAAAUAAAGGAAGUUGUUUGUUACUCCGAUAUGCUAGUCAAAAUUCCUUGGAUGAAAGCUCACAAAAGCAUAUACCACGUGAAAGUGGAAGAGAUAAACCACCGUAUAGAAAUCACCAUCAUACAAAUAGGGCUUUUGAUGUUAUCAAUGAAAUGCGAAAGAAAAAUUUAUUAUGCGAUGUGAUCUUGGUGGCAGAUGGAGGUUUGGAAGUACCUGCGCAUAAAAUGGUUCUUGCUGCAUGUAGCCCUUAUUUUUAUGCUAUGUUUACAAGUUUUGAAGAACGAGACCAAGAAAGAAUAACUCUGCAAGGUGUAGAUUACUCUGCCCUUGAAUUGUUAGUAGAUUAUGUAUAUUCUGCAGAAGUACAUGUAACCGAAGAUAAUGUACAAGUGUUAUUACCAGCUGCUAAUCUUUUGCAACUAACCGAUGUUCGUGAUGCCUGUUGUGAUUUCUUACAAGCUCAAUUACAUCCAUCAAAUUGUUUAGGAAUUCGUGCAUUUGCAGACCUUCAUGGUUGUCUAGAAUUACUAUCACAUGCAGACACUUAUAUUGAACAACAUUUUUCGGAAGUAGUAGAUGGCGAAGAAUUUUUAACAUUAGCACCGCAACAAGUCGCUAAAUUGAUUUGCAGCGAUCGUUUGAUGGUACCGUCAGAAGAGAAAGUAUUCGAAUGUGUGAUAUCAUGGGUACACAAUGAUUUGGAUAAAAGACAAGCUCAUUUAGCUCAAUUAAUGGAACAUGUACGUUUACCUUUGUUAUCCCAAGAAUACCUAGUACAACGGGUAGAAGAAGAACCACUACUUAAAGCAAAUUUACAAUGUAAGGAUUUCUUAAUCGAAGCUUUGAAGUAUCAUUUGCUCAAAGGAGAACAAAAAUCGUUAUUUAAAACGCCUCGCACAAAACCAAGACAACCAAGAGGUUUACCAAAGGUAUUAUUAGUGGUUGGUGGACAAGCUCCAAAAGCGAUUAGAAGCGUUGAAUGUUAUGAUUUUAAGGAAGAAAAAUGGUAUCAGGUAUCUGAAUUGCCUACACGUCGUUGUAGAGCCGGUUUAUCCGUCCUUGGUGGUCGCGUUUAUGCCGUCGGUGGAUUUAAUGGGUCUCUUAGAGUACGAACAGUUGACAUAUAUGAUGCAGCUACAGAUCAGUGGUCGCCUUGUCCAGAAAUGGAAGCAAGAAGAUCAACCCUUGGUGUUGCAGUUCUUGGAAAUUGCAUUUAUGCUGUGGGUGGAUUUGACGGUUCGACUGGUCUAAAUUCCGCGGAGGUAUACGAUCCGAGGACCCACGAAUGGAGAUUAAUUGCACCAAUGUCGACACGUAGAAGUAGCGUCGGCGUGGGUGUUGUUAAAGGAUUAUUAUAUGCUGUCGGUGGUUACGAUGGAGCAUCCAGGCAAUGUCUUUCCAGCGUUGAAUGCUACAAUCCAGAAAAAGAUCAGUGGAAACCGGUGCCUGAUAUGUCUGCGCGUCGUAGCGGAGCCGGUGUUGGAGUGUUAGAUGGAAUUUUAUACGCUGUAGGAGGACACGAUGGUCCGUUGGUUAGAAAAAGCGUAGAAGCUUUCAAUCCAGAUACCAAUCAAUGGACUCCAGUUAGUGACAUGGCUCUUUGUCGUAGGAAUGCCGGUGUCGUCGCGCUCAAUGGUCUUUUGUAUGUAGUGGGUGGUGACGAUGGUUCAUCGAGUCUAGCAUCCGUUGAAGUAUAUUCCCCAAGAACCGAUACUUGGACAACUCUUCAAACUUGUAUGGGAAUUGGUCGUAGUUACGCCGGUGUGGCGAUAAUCGACAAACCAAUGCCGUCUACGACAUCGAUGUGA